UGGGCGGCAAUUCUGUUCCUAAAUUUGGUGAGCUGAAGCAAAGGCAAUGCGACCGUGUGUCUGCCUUGAGCAGAGAAGCAGGUAAGACUACGUAACCUGCUAAAAUAAACAGCAACCCCCUUCAAAAUGGUCUUAUUCAUUUAACUCGAACAGCAUCUUCUCUUUAUGAUUACGUUAUGACGGUGGUCAAAUCACAAUGCACCUACCCAUCAGAGACCGUGACUUUUGUUUCGUCGUCUGAUACUCGAGGGACACUAGACAUCGUUUGGAGUUGUCUCAGCAUUUUAUUAAUUUGUACUUGGUCCGUCCUCCACCUAAAUGUCCCCGUACAAACGACGCCUAGGAAGAAAUCCGAGAAAUAUUUCCGAGCAAUAUACCGUACUUCCAACAAAAUUUCUUGGAUGCUUCUAAAUGUAGUCGCUCCUGAAUGGUCGCUGGGAAAAGCAUGGGCCGAUUACCAGGCAGUGUCCAGUGUCGAGGCCGAUUUUGAGGCUUACGGGGAUCGGGAUGGCGUCCCGUGGACACGAACUCACACGUAUCUUGCUAACAUGGGUGGUUUUACUAUCAAAUUUGACGAGCGGACUGCCCCGGUGUUCGAUCCAAUAGAAGCUCCCAGUGAUGGGGAAUUAAAGGGUAAUCCAACAUCGGGUCGGGCGGUUGUAUCUAAAAUUGAGCUUGAAAGGCCAAUUUCAGCACCGAAUCCGUCCCACUCCUUAGAGCAUUUGAGAUGGGAAAGAGAAGACGUCAGGUCGAGUCAACGGCGGUAUUCCUUACCAAUUUCGAAAAAAAACGCUGCGACUGGUGUAGGUGCUAUAGUGAAUAACCAGGGCGAUCGGUCCUCCGGUUUCAUAAACGGGAUCAACCAGCGAGGCCCGACACUGGAUGAAAGUACUGGCUACCGCCAACCACCGCACCGGAUAGGAGUGGUGCACAGGGAGAAUAAUGGGAUCAAUCGAACCGCUGUAUCGGAAGCCAGAAGUAGUACUAAAACAAGCGACUUUGAAGACCCCUGGGAGAAACAUCAGUUCUUAAAGCGGUCCGUAGUUUGGCGAAAUAAUGUCAAGGCGUUGAAUGGGGAUAGAUGGGUUGUCGAUGCGACGCAACUUCUCCUAGCCCGCGAACUCGGAAUUAUCGACAAGCUUCCUUCUAUCCUUGAAGACGACAUUUCCGACCGGAACAAGGGCGAUCUUUUUGUGAAAGUCAUUGCUAUUGGUCAGGUAUUCUGGUUCACACUUCAGCUUAUUACUCGCCUUGCCUGGCGCAUACCUACCACUCAGUUAGAGAUCAUGACCUUGGCGUUUGCCAUUUGUACUGCGAUCACCUACUUUUUACUACUGGACAAACCGAAAGACGUCCAACUUUCGACUGUCAUCCACGCAGCUCGUUAUGCUUCUCCCCAGGAAUUGGCGCGUCUUGCUGUUAUUGGUCCGUAUCAAUACUACUACAAGUGGGUUGACAUCAGCAUUCCAAAUAACGCUGUCCAUGCUAUCCGCAACAUAGACAACCCUUACCAAGGGUUACUCUUUGGGGGGACCUUUUGCAUAGUGUUAUUCGGUGCACUCCACUGCAUAGCAUGGAAUUUCGCAUUCCCGAAUGACAUAGAGAGGCAGCUAUGGCACGCAAGCUCAAUUAUAACUAUCGCGGCGAUACCUGCGGGACGGGCUCUAAUGGAGCUUUAUUUGCUAAUCAACAGUUGGUUAAUGAAAACGUUCGCCGUGUCUAUGGGCACCAAGACUACAUUUGUGGUUGACCUUGUCCUCACCAAUACUACCGGACUUCUGUUUUUCGUCGCUCGUAUGUUUAUUCUUGUCGAAGUCUUUCGGUCUCUGGCAUUCCUACCUCCCCAAGCUUUCGAGACAACCUGGGCAAACGUGUUGCCACAUAUUGGUUAAAAUACAAGCGAUAGAAGACAAAAUUAUACGUUUUGGCCAAUCUAUUAGAUAUAACAUUCUUACCUAGGAGGUAGCUACUAAAUAGAAUUCGGUCAAGCCAUGUAAAGGCCCGCCGUGAUCAACCAGACGAUUGCCUCGCUGAAGUACCGCGACAACCCGCAAAAUUCGAUUCCCUUAGGUUAAUUCGCCGCUAACAG